AUUAGCUAUUUGUUUCAACAAGCAAUUGAACAGGUGUGCCUAAUAAAGUGGCCGGUGAGUGUAUAUAUAGUUCAGUUGGUACACUUUCAACUGAUAAAUUCCAUUGAAUUGACAUGUAGACUUGAAUCUUUAAGUCGGUACACAGCAGUUCCGCUGUUGUACCAGAAUACAUAGUUCUUUUUUGGGAAGCAAAUUAGGACAUGGAUAGGAAUGCAUACUGAGGCUAAGUGUUUCCAAAUAUUCACAUGUCGACGCUGCUAACAAAUUACUGUUACCCCUUCUCCUCUAAAAAACGAAAUAGCAUGAAUACAUGUAAUCUAAUGAGUAUGGUAGCAGAACCCUGCACAUCUGCACACAUGUCCAAAAAAGAAUAUUCCAUUUGUGUCGAAGGCAGUAGAAGUUAACUAUCGAUCAUGAUAGCCAUACUUAUUGUAGUCUUUGCUUCUAUCUUUGUAGAUUUGAACAGUCCUUUGCUGUUUGGCCGACUAAAUGGCCUCUCCUCAGACUCCACCAUCGACAUUCUGUACCAGCUGGGCACCACACAGGACUCUGGAACCAAAGACAGGAUCCAGGCUCUUCUCCAGUGGGUCCAUGACUCAUCGCGGGUGGUGGCCCACAAGAUGAGUGGCCACAUGGGAUACACUGGCGUCGGAGCUGGCUCUUCUGGGUCGUCGAGGGAGUACGGCCUACUCAUGCCUUCGCCCUCCCACCUCCACUGUGUGGCAGCCAUCCUGUGGCACAGCUACGAGCUGCCUGUUGACUACGACCUGCCUGCACUCCUCAACAGAGAGCUCUUUGAGCUGCUGUAUAACUGGUCCAUGUCGUUGCCGUGCAACAUUGUGCUGAAGAAGGCUGUGGAUAGCCUGCUGUGCUCCAUGUGUCACAUCCACCCCAGCUACUUCUCCCUUCUCAUGUCCUGGAUGGCGAUCGUUUCAGUGCCCAGCGCCAGUCAUUCUCAGGCCCAGCAGCACCGCCUCUCCAUGACUGACGAUGGCAAAAAGCAGCACGAUGCUGACACCAGUGCCGCAGGACUUACAGACGACUCCAAGCAUGCCAGACCCCCCAUUAAUCUGUCCGAGUCCCAGUUAACUACGCUGGCAGCUGCCUCCCAGUCUCCAGGAGCCAUAGAGCAGCUGCUGGACUCAGGCUUACCAUCACUGUUGGUACGCAGCCUGGCCCAGUUCUGUGUCGGUCUUCUGGCCAGUGCCGACCUGCCUCUGCCUGCUGCUCAGGCCGAGCGACACCAUCACCAUCACCACUACCACUCAUCCUCUUCAUCCUCCUCAUCCUCACACAUUAGGCCGCCUCUGGCUGCAGAGCUAGCCGCUCCGGUGCUGCGUUUCCUGACUGAAGUAGGCAACAGUCACGCCAUGAAAGACUGGUUAGGAGGUCCAGAGGUGAACCCGCUCUGGACGGCACUGCUCUUCUUGCUGUGCCAUUCCAGUGCCAGUGCCGGUGCCAAUGCAGGCUGUCAGCCUCUGGGCUCUGGAUCUGCGGCAGGGCCUCCUCCAUCCCAGCCUCAGGCUUCAGGGUCCCGCUUCUCCCUAGCAUCUUCUGGGCAGGCAGGAGGACUCACCACCCAGCAGAGGACCGCUCUGGAGAAUGCCACUGUGGCCUUCUUUCUCCAGUGUAUCUCCUGCCACCCUAACAACCAGCGGCUCAUGGCUCAGGUUCUCUGUGAGCUCUUCCAGUCUGCACCCCAGCGAGGCAAUGUGCCGAUUUCUGGAAACAUCUCAGGCUUCAUUCGAAGGCUUUUCCUGCAGCUAAUGCUGGAGGACGAGAAGGUCACAGUCUUCCUACAGUCUCCCUGUCCGUUAUACAAAGGACGCAUCAAUGCCACCAGCCACAUGAUCCAGCAUCCCAUGUAUGGAGCAGGCCACAAAUACCGCACCCUCCAUCUGCCCAUCUCCACCACGCUGGCUGAAGUCCUGGACCGGGUGUCUGACACACCCAGCAUCACAGCCAAGCUGAUCAAUGAGCAGAAGGAGGACAAGGAAAAGAAGAAUCAUGAGGAGAAGGAAAAGAUGAAAGCAGACAGUGGCUUCCAGGACAACUACAGUGUUGUUGUGGCCUCGGGCUUGAAGUCCCAGUCCAAGCGAGCUCUUUCAACACCUCCCAGACCUCCAUCGAGGAGGGGUCGCGUGAUGAGUGACAAGUUGACUGCGUCAUCUGGUGUGGAUCCUUCAGCCAAAACCAUCAGUGUGCCUGUCUUCCACCUGUACCACAAGCUGCUUCCAGGUCAACCCCUUCCAUCUGAGAUGACCCUGGCCCAGCUACUGACACUCUUGUACGACCGCAAGCUGCCACAGGGCUACCAGUCGAUCAACCUGACAGUCAAACUGGGCUCCAAGGUCAUCUCUGACCCUGGUCUCUCCAAGACCGACUCCUUCAAGAGGCUACGCACUGAGAAAGGUCCUCCCUUUGCUCUCCUUGCAGUGGACCACUGUGAUAUACUGAACAGCUGUCCUGAGGACGAACCAAUGACAGCCAGUGAAGAAUGUCUGGACGCCGCCACCGACGAGUCCCUGCUGGAGACCAACCCCAUCCAGUCACCGCUGCAGGUCUUUGCAGGCAUGGGCGGCCUUGCCCUGAUCGCAGAGAGGUUGCCCAUGCUCUACCCUGAUGUCAUUCAGCAGGUCAGCGCCCCGGUAGUGCCCUCGGCCACGCAGGAGAAACCCAAGGACAGCGACCAGUUCGAGUGGGUAACCAUCGAGCAGUCGGGCGAGCUGGUGUACGAGGCGCCGGAGUCCAUCGCUGCCGAGCCGCCGCCCAUCAACAAGCAGCAGUCUCAGUCGUCCUCAUCGUCCUCAUCCUCGGUGCAGACCAUGUCGCCCAUCCCUGCCCACUCUCUGGCGGCUUUCGGCCUGUUCCUGCGCCUGCCGGGGUAUGCAGAGGUGCUGCUGAAGGAGAGGAAGCAUGCCCAGUGUCUGCUGCGCCUGGUGCUGGGUGUCACAGACGAUGGAGAGGGCAGUCAUAUCCUGCAGUCUCCUUCGGCCAACGUGUUGCCCACGCUGCCGUUCCACGUGCUGCGAGCUUUGUUCAGCAGCACUCCUCUGACCACUGAUGACGGCGUUCUGCUCCGCCGCAUGGCUCUGGAGAUCGGGGCCAUCCACCUGAUCCUGGCCUGUCUGUCGGCCCUCAGCCAUCACGCCCCCCGCAACCCCAACGCCAGCACCAGUGUGUCUGAGCCGCAGAUUUCCAGUUGUCACGGUGCGGGGACCAGUGAGGAGCAGCAGCUGUACUGGGCUAAAGGAACUGGUUUUGGUACUGGAUCCACAGCCUCAGGCUGGGACGUGGAGCAGGCCCUCACCAAACAACGGCUAGAAGAGGAACACGUCACUUGUCUACUGCAGGUCUUGGCAAGUUACAUCAACCCAGCAAGCUCCAGCAGCUGCCACAGUGCUGAUGGCUCUUCAGCAGACAGCAGAGCCCACAACAGCUCAGCGCUGCCAGCAGUGCUGCAGGAGCUGUUAAGCCAGUCCUGCCUCAUCCCUGCCAUGUCCUCCUACCUACGCAAUGACUCAGUUCUGGAUAUGGCACGUCAUGUGCCCUUAUAUCGGGCGCUGCUGGAGCUGCUUAGGGCCACUUCUACCUGCACGGCCCUGGUUCCUCUACUGCUGCCUCUCUCUGGAGACCCGGGACAGGAUGAGGAGGAUGAGGAUGAAGAACACUCUGAGGGACAGACCUCUGUAGGGAUGCUGCUGGCCAAGAUGAAGACAUGUGUGGACACAUACACCAAUCGCCUCAGGUCAAAGAAAGAUAAAAGCAAAGGUGUGGUGAAGCCAGAUAGCUCCGAUCCAGAGCCUGAGGGUUUGACUCUGCUGGUGCCCGAUAUCCAGAGGACAGCUGAGAUAGUCUAUGCUGCUACCACCAGCCUACGGCAGGCCAACCAGGAGAGGAAGCUGGUGGAGUCUUCAAGGAAGGUGUCAUGUCGACCUAAGCCCCUGUCCAUUCUACGCUCUCUAGAGGAAAAAUAUGUAGCUGCCAUGAAGAAGCUGCAGUUUGACACCUUUGAAAUGGUCACGGAGGACGAGGAUGGAAAAGUGGUGUUUAAGGUCAACUACCACUACAUGUCUCAGGUGAAGAACGCCAGCGAUACAAACAGCGCAGCCCGAUCCCGCCGCCUCGCCCAGGAGGCCGUCACCCUGUCCACCUCUUUGCCCCUGUCAUCCUCUUCCAGUGUCUUCGUCCGCUGUGAUGAGGAGAGACUGGACAUCAUGAAGGUUCUCAUCACAGGCCCAGCAGACACCCCAUAUGCCAACGGCUGCUUUGAGUUUGAUGUGUAUUUUCCGCAAGACUAUCCGAACUCCCCUCCUCUGGUCAACCUGGAGACCACCGGUGGACACAGUGUGCGCUUUAACCCUAACCUCUACAAUGAUGGCAAAGUAUGUUUAAGUAUCCUCAACACAUGGCAUGGGAGACCAGAGGAGAAAUGGAACCCACAGACCUCAAGCUUUCUACAGGUGCUCGUGUCGGUGCAGUCCCUCAUUCUGGUGACUGAGCCCUACUUCAAUGAGCCGGGGUAUGAACGCUCCCGCGGGACUCCUAGUGGCACCCAGAGCUCACGGGAAUAUGAUGGCAACAUCCGGCAGGCCACCGUCAAAUGGGCCAUGCUGGAGCAGAUGCGCAACCCCUCACCAUGCUUCAAAGAGGUGAUCCACAAACACUUCUACCUGAAGCGAACAGAGAUCAUGUCUCAGUGCGAGGAGUGGAUCGCUGACAUCCAACAGUACAGCAGCGACAAGAGGGUAGGCCGCACCAUGUCCCACCAUGCCGCUGCACUGAAGAGACACACAGCUCAGCUCAGAGAGGAGCUUCUGAAGCUGCCCUGCCCCGACGGUCUGGAGCCCGACAGCAACGAGUUCUCUGAGAGGAGCGCCGCCCUCCUCCUCAAAGAGCUGUCCAGUCAGGACGCAGAGAAGCCCGGUGGCAGUCAGGACGGCCACUGUGGCGAGGGACAGCUAUGAGUCUUCACCCUCCCGCCCUCUCCCUUCCCUCCCCCCUCCUCCCUCCUCCUCCUCAUGAUGAUGAUUAUUACUCUCGAAAAGACUUGAUGGCUUCAGAGCACAAGCCACCACUUUGUCAAUAUUUGUAUGUAAAGAUCUACUAGCAGAAUAGCAGGGGAUGUGGGGAACCAGAACACGAUGACGAGAACAAUGGAGUAUGCUUCGCCCUUAUUGAAAACUUUUAUUUACCUGUAAAAGACUGUAAACAUUUUGUGCUUUUUUCCAAUUGUGAAAUAACCACUGAUUGGUAUGUUAUUAAACUUGUUUAUGUAUACAUAAUGGCAGAGAGAAAAAAUCAGAUUAUAUAAGGGAAACUACCUUUAGAGAAGAAUGUUUACUGAAUGUUAAUUUCCUUUUCUUUUUUUUCUUUUCUUUGACUUUUUUUGAGAACAGUUGUAACCAAGGAUAUUGGUCAUUCUUUAAAGUUACUAAAAGAAAACGCACACGUAACAGAACCUGAGAUAAAAAGCCCCUCUGGUCAUCAUUGCUUCAUUUGAUUUCUCUCGGAUCAUAUCCACUUGAAUAAAUGCUGAGAUGACGUUCUUAAUUGCUAUGUUAUCUCUUUUACAGGCUCCAAAUUAAAAAGCACCAUGCUCUGGAUAAACAUGUGUUGCCUCACACAACUUCUCCAUGACCGCUUUCCAUCGACAUGACUGUAGAUCAUAAGAGUGUCAGAGCCACAUGGGAAAUUAGUUUUGAAGGCUUGUGCAUGUGUAUGUGUGUUUCCUGUGCAACAAUCCCCAGUGAGAUACAAAGCUGUGAUGUGCCUUUGAUCUACACCACGCCACCAAAUACUCCAACAGAGUACCUUUACUGAUUCCUUUGCUAUUUCUACAAAAUUUAUAAUUCUGCUCCGUCUGAUAUAAAAAAAUUGCUUUGAUCUUUUCUUUUUUUAUGUUGAACUUCAGUGAACAAAUGCACUUUCUAUUUUAGUCACUCCUUAGAACAGUCACAUUCUCCUUUUGCUAAGACAUUAAAUGGAGCUUGAAAGUAUGGAUUGAUUGUGCGAAUGCUUCUUUCUGCGUGUGACAGGACGUCAGCCCCGUCACCUCGACGAGAGACGGACCACACCUGAGCAAAGAUGUCAGUCAGAGAACUAGUUGUUGCAAUAUCGAUGACUCGUCAGUGACACACGGGAUACUUUGUGAAUACUCUGUUGGUUGAGAGGUUGAAAGAAAAAACAUGCAGGGGUAUAAUCUUCAUCCAUGUCAUUGUCAGUGCAUUCUAGUUUUCUUUUAUGAAAGUAUUGGGACUAAUUUGUUGGGUGUGUUCAUCUGCCUUUUCUGCUAUUUCCUUCUCCAUGCAUCUUGGAAGUAGGUGAACCCUCAGCUCUGCUUUUUCUGCUCUUUCAGGGUUACUUUAUUUUCUGAAUGUCUUUGACAACCUCAACUUCUUAAAUUCAGCUGAUAAAGGCCAUAAAAUCUUAAAAUGUGAAAACAUUUUUUAGUAACCCCAAACAUUCACAUCUAAAUAAGCAACAUGGAAGUUAAAAUGUGUAACAUCUUUAUGUAUUAUUUAUGUAGACAGCCAUGCUCGCUAACUUUGGCCGAAAAUCUUGCGUGUUAAUGUCGGCACAUUAAUACUCAUCGGUACAAAAAGCUCAUGAGAUAAUGGGAUUGCAGGGCCUGUUAUUGUAUGCGGAUGGUGGCAGUUUAGGUUGAAGAAAAGAGUCACUUCCACACCCAAAUCCCUGAGAAAUAAACAAUUCACUCCAAA